CUAGUGAAGCACAGAGGGAGAAGGUGAGAGAGUGAGGCAGAGGUAAAGAGAUGCUGCACCUGUGCACGAUCACCUGACUACAACUUUGAGCGAGGUUGAAGACGGCGCAGGCAUGGAAAGGCAGUUUCUCAUCUGAGACAAUAGUCGUCAAAAAGGCCUGCCAGUAUCUGUCGAUGCCAUGGCUGAACCAAGCUGGUGGAAGCUGACCUUCAGCCGCAAGAAGAAAUCUGAAGCUAAGGUGCUCUACGAGAUCCCAGCCGAACAUGGCAGCAACACUGGGCACAAAGAGCCUUCAAGCCACAGUUCCCCUCCAGAUCAUAUGGACAGCCAGUUAAGUGCAAGACUGGAGAAAAUUGUGGAUAAAUCUGCAACGAAAGGCCGCCAUGUCAAAGUGUCCCACUCUGGUCGCUUCAAGGAGAAGAAAAAAGUCCGUGCCACGCUGGCGGAGAACCCUAGCCUGUACGCUGAGCAUACGCUCAGUGACGAGAACCACAAAACCAACAAACAGACUGAAACAUAGUGCACAUGCUGCUGUGACAAAGUACUUGAUCACAAAGGUGUCAUAUGUCAGUCACGCACAGGAAAGGCUAGAAAAUAACAAAAAGAGGUAUACCAGCAACAACAAUAUCGACAUAAUGGACAUGCAAGGUGGAUAAACAUUGGUCACUAUGAUUUUAGCACCACACCCAGGCAGAUAAUGGACUCUAACUCACACCAGUGCAAACAGGCGAUAACAGAAGACAGCCAUUAGACAUUUACAGAAGCAGAACAGGAAAACAAGAAGAUAUGUUCAAAAACGAUCAGUGAAAAACAAGUUAAAUAUACAUAUCAAUAAAUAAAUAAACAACACUAUGACUGUGUAAAUGUAAUUUUAAGUUUUUAUUUUAUAUAGUUUGGAAUGAAAAGUUUUUUUAAUGUCUGAAUUAGCAGACAGUUAAAAAAAAUAAAAUCACUUUUUUUCUGUAACAUUUUUUAUGAACAAAGCAAGUCCACACUUGAUUUUGAUUUUUUUUUUUUAAGUACACUUGGAUUUGUCACCGAUAAGGCAAGUUAAUAUCUGCUGUAUAAACAUUCUUUUUCUGCAUUCUUCAAGCCUUUUUGUUUUGUUUUUAAUAAAUGGAAUAUGUGUUAUAAACUGGUCCCUUUUAUUUUUCUCCACUCCGCAUAUAAACGCA